AUCCACUAUCUUUAAAAUCACCAGUCAAGCUUACAUUGUGUCUAAGCAAACCUGCAUCACACCUUUAUUUAUAGCCCUCCCCAAAGUGUUAAAGGUCUUGAAAUUUUACUAUUGAAGCAUCUAUUGUGGAACAGCAAUCAUGACUGUGGGUAAGAGUAGCAAGAUGCUGCAGCACAUUGACUAUAGAAUGAGAUGUAUCCUGCAAGAUGGAAGAAUCUUCAUUGGCACCUUUAAGGCUUUUGACAAGCAUAUGAAUCUGAUUCUCUGUGAUUGUGAUGAGUUCAGGAAGAUCAAGCCAAAGAAUGCAAAACAGCCGGAACGUGAAGAAAAACGUGUUUUGGGUCUGGUCUUGCUACGUGGAGAGAACUUGGUCUCUAUGACUGUGGAGGGUCCACCUCCUAAAGAUACUGGUAUUGCUCGUGUGCCACUUGCUGGCGCUGCCGGUGGCCCUGGGGUUGGGAGGGCAGCUGGCAGAGGAGUACCAGCUGGUGUACCUAUUCCUCAAGCUCCUGCUGGAUUAGCAGGCCCUGUCCGAGGAGUUGGAGGUCCAUCCCAGCAGGUCAUGACUCCACAGGGAAGAGGCACUGUAGCAGCUGCUGCAGUUGCUGCCACUGCCAGCAUUGCUGGAGCUCCAACCCAGUACCCACCAGGGCGUGGAACUCCACCUCCCCCUGUAGGCAGAGCAACCCCACCACCAGGAAUCAUGGCCCCUCCACCUGGUAUGAGACCACCCAUGGGCCCACCGAUUGGCCUUCCCCCUGCUCGAGGGACGCCUAUAGGCAUGCCCCCUCCAGGAAUGAGACCCCCUCCACCAGGAAUUAGAGGCCCACCUCCCCCAGGAAUGCGUCCACCAAGACCCUAAGAUGGCUGAUAAAUAUCAGCCUUUACUUUUCCCUGCAAUGCAUCUUGUGAAAUUGUGUAGCAUGCACGCUUUUUGACCCCUCUUACUGCAUUAAUUAUAGCUAAUAAAUACAUAAGAGCAAUUGAA